AUGCUAAUAUAUCUCCUGUUGUUAGCAGGGCUACAAUUGGCUGUGAAUGCGCAACAGGUGAAUGUCACAAUAUUCACGGAAUCCCAGUGUCCCUACUGUACAAAACUGUUGCGGGAACAAAUAUGGCCAUUUUAUGUGACGAAACCGGGCAUCAUGAAUUUGCAGAUUGUCGCUUUCGGCAAAGGAGAUUGUGUCUAUGAUGCCAACCGUAAUUUCCAUUGCUCGUGCAUGCAUGGUCAGACCGAAUGCGAUCUGAACCGGUUGCAGAACUGCGCCAUGUCGUACUUCCCGCGACGACAUCUUGGAUUAGUGACAUGCAUUCAAGGGCUGAAGACGCUUCGUGAGGCUUUCUCUCGAUGCCUUAGCCGAUUGUCUGCCAGGACUCAAAGGAAACUGAUCGAAUGUGCGACGACACAAACGGGAGAACUUCUUAACUAUUAUUCGAUGGUUAAUACGCAUCGAGCUGGAGUUAAGCUAUGGCCAACAAUGUACGUAAACGGUGUAUUCUUCGACCGAAGCUACCCAGUCGAACAAAAGCUAUGCGAGACGACCAACUGGUGC